AUGGGUAAAGAGAAGGACGGCAAGACGAGCUACCAGCUCAAGGUGCCUAAGGGUACGAAAGACUGGGAUGGAAAGGACAUGGUGAUUCGAGAGAAGAUCUUUGGCACCAUCUCAGAAGUCUUCAGGCGCCACGGCGCAGUCACAAUCGACACGUUGGUCAACCUACAGAAUGUCUUCGCAUUGCCAUUGACUGACGGAUUGCUACAGACCAGUGUUCGAGCUUAAGGAAAUUCUUGCCGGGAAAUACGGUGAAGACAGCAAGCUCAUUUACGACCUCGCUGACCAGGGCGGCGAGCUCUGUUCCCUCCGAUACGACCUCACUGUCCCUUUCGCACGAUGGCUAGCCAUGAACUCGAGCGUACAGAACAUCAAGAGAUACCACAUUGCAAAAGUGUACCGAAGAGAUCAGCCUGCCAUGACCAAGGGCCGUAUGCGAGAAUUCUAUCAAUGCGACUUCGAUAUUGCCGGAGCAUACGAUCCAAUGCUUCCGGAUGCGGAGAUUAUGCGAAUCACCUGUGAAAUUUUCGAAGCACUUGGAUGGAAGGGACGAUAUACGAUCAAGAUAAAUCACCGAAAAAUUCUCGACGGCAUCUUUAUCGUUUGUGGCGUGCCUACGGAGAAAGUACGGACCAUCUCAUCGGCAGUGGACAAGCUGGAUAAGUCACCAUGGAGCGAAGUGAGGAAGGAGAUGACGGAAGAAAAGGGACUAGAUCCCGAGGUCGCGGAUCGGAUAGGAGAGUAUGUGGUACUGAAAGGCAGUGAAGAACUGCUGGACAAGCUACAGAAGGAUGAGAAGCUAUCAAACAACGAAUCUGCAAAAGCUGGCUUGGAUGACAUGGCACUUCUGUUUCGCUAUCUGAAGACAUUCGGGGUUCUUGAUCGAAUCUCGUUUGAUAUGUCACUGGCACGAGGACUGGACUACUACACCGGCGUCAUCUACGAAGUUAUCACAGAGGGGUCGGCGCCGCAGACAUCAGAAGGCCAGUCGAUACAGCAAGCAGGAAAGAAGGAGUCGAAGCCCAAGAAGCACGUAUCAAAUAUUGACGGUGACGAAGAUCGAUCGAACGAUCCAAGCGUUGGUGUAGGAUCAGUCGCUGCUGGCGGCCGAUACGACAACCUUGUCAGCAUGUUCAGCGGCAAGCAGCAAAUCCCCUGUGUCGGCAUCUCAUUUGGUGUGGAGCGAAUCUUCAGUAUUACCAAGCAGCGACUAGCUCAAGACAGCUCCUCGGCUCCGAUCAGGACGAAUGAGGUUGACGUGUACGUAAUGGCCUUCGGCGGAAAAGGCUUCGACGGUCUCCUACCCCAGCGCAUGGAAGUGGCCAAGCGCUUAUGGGACGCCGGUAUCAAGGCCGAAUUCAGCUGGAAGGUCAAGCCAAAGCUACCCCAGCAAUUCAAGGCAGCUGAGGUCAAUGGUGUCCCAUGGGCCGUCAUUUUGGGAGAUGAAGAACUCAGUGGUGGCAAAUGCAAGAUCAAGCAGAUGGGUCUAGAGGAUGGUCACCCAGAAAAGGACGGUGUUAUGAUUGAGAUGGCCAACCUGGAAGACGAAGUCAAGAAGCGCAUCACAACUUCGCCCGACUCGGCAUCGUUGACCAACGGUCUCGGUGGUUUGAGUUUGAACGAAUAUGCUGCAGGAGCGCCGAAGACGGGAUAG